AUGCCGUCUCUCUUAUCCUCCCGUAUCCGCAACCCAACUUUCGCCAAGAAGGUGGUCUCUGAUCCCGCUUCUCUCAUUCCCUACUUCAAAAAUGGCGACUAUGUCGGUUGGUCUGGCUUUACCGGUGUCGGUUAUCCCAAGAUGAUCCCUCAAACUUUGGCUAACCAUGUCGCGUCCAAGGACUUACAAGGGAAAAUGCGUUUCAAACUUUUUGUGGGUGCUUCGGGCGGUGCCGAUACCGAAGGCAAAUGGGCUGACCUCGAUAUGAUUGAGCGUCGUUGUCCUCAUCAAGUUGGCAAGUCCAUCUCCAAAGGCAUUAACGAAGGUCGUAUUAACUUCUUUGACAAACAUCUUUCCAUGUUUCCCCAGGACUUGCUGUAUGGCUAUUAUACUCGCGACCGCGAUAGGAACUCUUUGGAUGUGGCCAUUGUCGAAGCUACUGCAAUCACCGAAGAUGGCGGUAUUGUUCCUGGUGCAUCUGUCGGUGCUACCCCUGAAAUACUUCAGAUGGCCGAAAAAAUCAUUAUUGAAGUCAAUACCGCUGUUCCCUCUUUCGAGGGUCUUCACGACAUCGUUGACAUUCCAAACCCUCCUGAUCGUACUCCCUUGCUGGUCAACCGAGUGGACGAUCGCAUUGGUAAGCCCUACAUCAAGGUUGAUCCAUCCAAGGUAAUCGGUGUUGUCGAAGCUACUUAUGGUGAUGUUACCGGCCCUAAUGCUCCUGAAGAUGCCACCUCGCGUGCCAUUGGUGGUCAUUUGGUCGAUUUCUUCAAGCACGAAGUGAACUUUGGUCGUAUGCCCCAGCAUCUACACCCCAUCCAAUCUGGUAUUGGCAACAUUGCGAAUGCCAUUAUUGGUGGUUUGGCAGAUUCCCCUUUUAAAGAUUUGGAAGUUUGGACGGAAGUCUUGCAAGACACUUUCUUGCCUUUGUUUGACACCGAUAAACUUCGUUUUGCCGUUGCUACUUCUACUCGCUUUUCCCCUCAAGGUUUCGAAAAGUUUUAUGCCAACUGGGAUUACUACAAAGAUAGAAUUUUGCUCCGCCCCCAAGUCAUUUCCAACCAUCCAGAAAUAAUCCGUCGUCUUGGAUGCAUUGCUAUGAAUACCCCUGUUGAAGUAGACAUGUAUGCCCAUGCUAAUAGCACAAAUGUUUUGGGCAGCAGAAUGUUGAACGGCUUAGGUGGAUCUGCUGAUUUCCUUCGUAAUGCCAAGUACAGUAUCAUGCACACUCCAUCUACUCGUCCUUCCAAGAAAGAUCCUACCGGUGUUUCAUGUAUCGUCCCCAUGGCUACUCACGUGGAUCAAACUGAGCAUGAUUUGGAUAUCAUUGUGACCGAACAAGGCUUGGCUGAUGUCCGUGGUUUGUCUCCCCGUGAACGUGCUCGUGUAGUGAUCAAUAAAUGUGCUCAUCCCGACUACAAGCCUAUUUUGAAUGAUUACUUUAACUUGGCUGAAAAGGUCUGCUUAGCUAAAGGAAUUGGCCACGAGCCUCAUAUCCUUUCUAGCGUGUUUAAGAUGCAUCAAAACUUGGUGGAGAAGGGAACUAUGAAGAUUGACUCUUGGUAA